AUGCAAACGAAAGAGUUUGGCGAUCAGCGCUCUCUGCGCAAUCUAGCCGUCGUGGCCAUAGCCCUCUCCACAGCUGCUGUUGUCGCUUCGGUUGUGGCGAUGCCGCUUCUCUACUCGUACAUUGCCACCGUGCAAAGCCAAAUCGCGAUCGAGACCGAGUUUUGUCAGGCUCGAGCCCGCGAUCUUUGGCAUUCGAUGAACUCGGUGGAGAGGGGAUCACGCGGGAAACGAGCCUGGCUAUUCGGUCAAUGGGUGCCCGAUGGAGGAAUUGGUGGUGGAAGAGGGGCAAGACAUGGCAAUGGAGGAGGACAAUAUGGAGGCUAUGGUGCUCAGGCUCCACAAGGCGCUGGUGGUUAUGGAGCUCCGGUGAUGGAUUCAGAACCGGAACCCCACUGUUGCACAUGUCAACAAGGAAGGCCCGGACCACCGGGACCCGUUGGAGAUGAUGGAAAUGAAGGAAAGGAUGGAGAGCAAGGGUCCGACGGGCGAGCGGGAAGCGAUGGCCGAAUUGAGCAGCCUGAUCAGACAUACGCCUCCGAGCCAUGCAUGAUCUGUCCACCCGGAUCAAUUGGACCACCAGGAGACAGCGGCAACAAGGGGCCCCAGGGGCCGCGCGGUCAUCCCGGCGCUCCCGGACAAGAUGGACGACGUGGAGAUGCUGGAAUGGCCGGGCCGAUGGGUCUUCAGGGCGAAGCUGGCAAAGAGGGAGAAAAAGGCAAAAAGGGAGACGAUGGACGCGUCAUCCAAGUGAAUGGACCACCCGCAGCAAAUGGACCCACCGGGAAACCCGGUCGCCAGGGCGAGCGUGGAUCCAAAGGACGACCUGGUAUCAUCAUUCCCGGACCGAAAGGAGAACGCGGAGAUAUGGGUCGUCCGGGUCGCUCGGGUCGCAAGGGAGAAGUGGGAGUGCCGGGGCCCGUCGGAUCGGCCGGUCCACAGGACAACAUGAAGCAACUCGUGGUAGCGAUCGGUUUUUUUGCUUUGGCGUUUUGCGUUGACAUCAACGACGUGGAUGUGGGGAAAUGCGAAGCUGGAAUUGGGCUGAACGGUGUCUGUCCGGGAAAUCUCCUCUAUAAGGAUACUUUCUGCUACGAGCCGGGUUGUGUGAUGGAGAUUUUGAGAGAAGCAAAUCUCGAGAAUAAUGGGCAAAUCGAUGAGGAAAAUGAGGAAAAUGAGAAAAAUGAGGAGAUCGAGAGGAAGAAGGAGAUCGAGAGGAAGAAAAAGGAAGAGGCUGAACGAAAAAAGAAAGAAGAGGAACGACGGAAAAAGGAAGAAGAGAAUCGAAAACAAAAAGGAGAAAGAGCAAGAGAAGAAAACGAAGCCCGCAUGUGGAAGAGAGCAUCAAAUGUGUCCCAUGUGGGUACGUGCCGGUUUCUGCAAGAACUCCGCCUACACCGAUCAGCACAAAUUGAAGCACUGUGGAAGGGGAUG